CAUUCCGAGCAUGAAAAGGGGCCAAUAAGUACUAAUAUUAACGAGUUUGUUUCCACUUGCGCUUAUAGUAGAGAUCUGUGAAUACAGGUGGACUGUUCGUUCUAUCUGCAGUGGCUGUAUCAGUAAUUCAUUCGUAACUCAGCGAAGUGGCUGGCCUGAGAGCUUUGGGUUUUAACUGCGCAAAUAACGUUACUCGGCACUGCAGAUGCUGGUCACGGGCAAAUACUGUAGGAAUUAUACUCCACAUGUCGCAGGAGUAUUAGCUACCUAGUUAUCUAGUUAUUGAUGUUGUAGUUUGCUCUACCGUAGACGAACGCACGUGACAAGCAACGGUUGCUUUUGAAAGAUGUCGAUGGAACUGGAUGUGUUUGUGGGGAACACCAUGCUGUUGGAUGAGGAGGUUUACAAGCUGUGGCUGGACGGCUACACAGUGGGCGAUGCGGUGCGCCUGCGAUUGGAAGGAGGGGUCCUGCAGGAAUGCGAGGCGAGCGAGGAGGUGCUGCACAGUGACACCAUGGACCAGUUCCGCACCUUCCAGAUGUGUGAGAGGUUCCUGCACUGCCCCAGCAAGCUGGCCAAUCAGCUGCUGUUCCAGAUCCCCCCGCACCGUCAGGCCAUGCUCAUCGAGAGAUAUUACAUGUUUGACAGUGGGUUUGCGAGGGAACUGUUGGGGAAGAAGCUGUCAAAAGGAACCAAGAAGGACCUGGAUGAUGUCAGUGCCAAGACUGGGAUCACCCUGAAGAGCUGCAGGCGUCAGUUUGAUAACUUCAAGCGUGUGUUUAAAGCGGUGGAGGAGCUCAAGGGCCCCCUGGUGGAGAACAUACAACAUCACUUCCUGCUGUCUGACAGACUGGCCAGGGACUAUGCAGCGGUGGUGUUCUUCGCGAAUAGCCGCUUUGAGACAGGGAAGAGGAAACUGCAGUAUCUGUCCUUCCAGGACUUCGCGUUCUGCGCCCGGCAGCUCAUUAGCUACUGGACAGUGGGCUCUGUGGAUAGCAUGCUGGAAGGCAUGGAUGUGGACCUAGAGAAAGAGUUUCUCCAUGAUCUGAAAGACCUGAAGAUUUUAAUCACUGACAAAGACAUGCUGGACCAACACAAGAGUCUGGUGUGUGCCGCACUCAGGGGAAAGAUCAAGGUGUUUAACGAAAUGGAGGGCAACUUUAAGAAUCUCUCCAGGGCUCUGGUGAAUAUCGCUGUCAAACUGACGCACACCAAAGAUGUCAGAGAUUUAUUCAUCGACCUUGUGGAGAAGUUUAUCGAGCCAUGCCGGUCAGACAGGUGGGCCGUGGGAGAUAUCAGGCUCUUCCUCACUCAUUACACCAGCACAGCACACAAACUGGACACAUUCAGGCAUCUGGUGAUUUGGGACAGAUACAUGGGGGUCGUCAAGAGCUGCAUCCUGAAAAUGUACCAUGAUUAGAUCCAUCCUCCAUCCCUGCAUUUGCACUCUUCUGUUACAAGUUCCACUCUCUCCUUUUCUUUCUCAAGCUUCUCAUGCCCCCCCCCUCUCUUUCUCUGUCCCUUUCUA